AUGGCAGAACAAUCGACUCUUCGCCAGUCGGCCGCUGAGGAGGCUCUAGCCGCCUUCUUCGAGAAGUAUUCGACUCUGAUCCGCAACCGCCUCCGAAACACUUCCCGGACAACCCGCCUGCUCGGAACACUUGCCCUCGCCGCAUCCAUAGUCCUCAGCGCCGCUGGAGGCAGACGUUGGUGGAGACAACGGCGCGAGGAGAAGGAACAAGGCCGCAAACUUGUCCGUACGAAUUCGUGGCUACACAACAAGGAUGGUUCACGUACGAUAUACGUCCCGUACAAGGACGGCACCUCCAAGGUUGUCAUUCAGACGACGAAGCCGCUGACUUUCGAGGCCCAUCGCCGGCUAUUCCUCAAUCCUCCGCGCGUAUCUGGCCUUGGCGACGGCACCGUUCCCUCAGCGCAGACGAAGCCGGGGCUGAACCUGGCAUUCCUACAUCAAUUCCUCAGUUUGAUGAGUAUCAUGAUUCCGAGAUGGUCAAGUAAAGAAGCGGGCCUGCUCUUGAGCCACAGCGUAUUCCUGAUGCUUCGCACCUACCUAUCCCUCGUCGUCGCUCGGCUAGACGGUGAGAUUGUGCGGGAUCUUGUCGCUGGACAAGGGAAGGCCUUCCUCUGGGGAUUGGUGAAGUGGUGUGGUCUCGGCGGCUUCGCAUCGUACACGAAUGCGAUGAUCAAGUUCCUCGAAUCCAAGGUUUCCAUCGCCUUCAGAACCCGCCUCACUCGGUACAUCCACGAUCUAUACCUCAACAAUAACCUCAACUACUAUAAACUUUCCAACCUGGAUGGGGGCGUCGGCCAGGGCGCGGACCAGUUCAUCACGCAAGAUCUGACACUAUUCUGCGCUGCCGCCGCGAAUCUAUACUCAUCACUUGGCAAACCAUUUGUGGAUCUUUGCGUCUUCAACUACCAACUAUUCCGAUCUUUGGGUCCUUUGGCCCUCACAGGCCUGUUAAGCAACUAUUUCCUCACAGCGAGCAUUCUGCGCCGGCUUUCACCGCCAUUCGGCAAACUCAAGGCAGUCGAGGGUCGCAAGGAGGGAGACUUUAGGGGUCUGCAUGCUCGCCUGAUCGCCAAUGCCGAGGAGAUUGCCUUUUACGGAGGUGCCGACAUGGAGAAGACAUUCCUCAACAAGGAAUUCAAGUCUUUGAAGAAUUGGAUGGAGGGUAUCUACAUGCUCAAGAUCCGAUACAACAUGCUCGAGGAUUUCAUCUUGAAGUACAGCUGGAGUGCUUACGGCUAUCUUUUAUCCUCGUUGCCAGUAUUCCUCCCAGCAUGGGGAGGUCUGGGCGGCGCUGCUGAGCUGGCCGAAAACGCCGCCAAGGGAAGUAGAGAGCGCGGUCGCAUGAAGGAGUUCAUUACGAACAAGCGUCUCAUGCUUUCACUUGCAGAUGCUGGCGGUAGGAUGAUGUACUCCAUCAAGGACCUUUCUGAGCUUGCCGGCUACACCAGCCGAGUCUACACGCUGAUAUCGACACUGCAUCGCGUCCACGCCGAUGCGUAUUUCUUGCGAGGGCAACAGAACGAACUUUACUCCCUCUCGGACGUCCAGGGAACAAUUCAGAAGGGUUUCGACGGCGUACGAUUUGAGAACGUGCCUGUUGUUGCUCCAUCAUUAUGGCCCAACGGCGGCGAGGAGCUAAUGGAUUCCCUCUCAAUGGUUGUUCGGAGAGGAGAGCACCUUCUGAUUUCUGGCCCCAAUGGUGUAGGUAAGACAUCUAUUGCUCGCAUUCUUGCAGGGCUUUGGCCAGUCUACCGAGGACUCGUUAGCCGACCGAAGGAUAUUGGUCAGGAUGGCAUCAUGUUUUUGCCGCAACGACCCUAUCUCAGCAUCGGUACUUUACGCGACCAGGUUAUCUACCCUGACGGCCAUCACGACAUGCGCGAGAAGAGGAAGUCUGAGGACGACCUGAAGCGUAUCCUGGAGGAUGCCCGUCUUGGCUACCUUCCCGAUCGUGAAGGUGGCUGGGACACCCGCAAGGAAUGGAAGGAUGUUCUCAGUGGUGGGGAGAAACAGCGCAUGGGUUUCGCCCGCGUGCUGUAUCAUGAGCCUCAGUUCGCCAUCCUUGACGAAGGCACCAGCGCCGUGUCCCAAGAUGUCGAGGGCUUGCUCUACGAGGUGUGUAAGGAGAAGGGAAUCACCCUCAUCACUAUCUCUACACGCGCCUCGCUCAAAAAGUAUCAUACGUACAACCUCAUUCUCGGAGGCGGAGAACGUGGUGAUGAGUGGGAGUUUGAGAGAAUCGGAACAGAGCAUGAGAAGAUGCAGGUUGAGAAGGAGCUGCAGGAUCUCCGUGAACGCCUUGAACAGGUCGAGACGUGGAAGGCAAGACGCCAGGAAAUCGAGGAAGAGCUCUCGAGGGUGUGGGUCGCCGGCGGUGACGACUUGGAUCCUCCUUCGUAUGCCGAGAGUGAGAGCGACUCAUCCAAGGGUAAGGGCAAGGAGACGGCAUCGAUGUCAUCAACGCAGGAGAUUUUGGGCGAUGCUUGA